GGAUGCUGGAUGGCCCGUUAUUCUCCGAGGGGCGGGAUAGCCCCCGGGAGCUCCAGGAUGAGGAGUCUGGUAGCUGUCUCUGGGUGCAGAAGUCCAAGCUGCUGGUGAUUGAAGUGAAGACUAUUUCUUGUCAUUAUAGUCGCCGCGCCCCUUCUGGACAACCCAUGGAUUCCCAGACCAGCCACUGGGCCCGCUGGACCCAGAGCCGCACGUGUGGGCCGCGUCCGGGAUCCCCUGAGCCGCCGCCCCGCCGGCUCUGGGCCUCCAGGGUGCUGCAGGAGGCGACCAACUGGCGGGGGGGGCACCCGGCCGAGGCCCGAGCCCGGGAGCAAGAGAAAAGGAAAGCGGCGUCGCAGGAGCGGGAGGCCAAGGAGACCGAAAGAAAAAGGCGCAAGGCUGGUGGGGCCCGAAGGAGCCCCCCGGGUAGGCCCCGCCCAGAGCCCCGGAACGCCCCUCGGGUGGCCCACCCUGCAGUGCUCCCAGCUUCCUCCCGGCCAGAGCGCUUUGUGCCGUUGGGGCGGGCGCCCCGUCCAUCCGCACAGCCUCAGAGCAUACUAGGCGCGGCGUGGCCAGGGCCCUGGGGAGGUCGGCGGCCCGGGCCUCCCAGCUACGAGGCUCACCUGCUGCUGCGAGGCGCUGCCGGGACCGCCCCGCGACGCCGCUGGGAUCGGCCGCCACCCUACGUGCCUCCACCUUCUUACGAUGGCCCCCACAGGACCCUGGGGACUAAGCGAGGCCCCGAGCUCACCCAGGCGCCCGCCUCCCCAGACCCAGCUCCAAUCCCGGCCAGGACCGAGACAGGGCGCGCAAAGAAGAGGCUGGAUCCUCGUAUUUACCGGGACGUCCUCGGGGCUUGGGGUCUCAGACAGGGGCGGGGUCUCUUGGGAGGCUCCCCAGGCUGUGGAGUGGCUAGAGCUAGAUCGGAGUUCGGCAAGGGGGCAGCGGAGAGAAGCCUGGGGCUCGCUGUUGCUGGCCUGAGCAACGGUAGUGACAGCCAUUCAGCAGCCAAAGCUCCAGGGAGCCCGGGCGCCAAGACAGUUCCUACAGGGCCUGCAACUGCUACUCCUAGUCCCCCGCGCCCCGCCCCCAGGUCCAGGCCCCACCUCAAGGGCUCCAGGGAAGGGAAAGAAAAUGUAGAACAGAGCUGGCUCCUCAAACGCUGGAUUUCCUCCCCCAAAAAGCAGCCGCCCCGACAUAGCCAAACCCUCCCCAGACCCUGGGCUCCAGGAGGCACGGGAUGGAAAGAGUACCUGGGUCACAGAGAGGAGGCAGAAACCGAGACCCUGAAGGGAUGGAAGGUGACCCGCCGCGCCCACACCCUGCCCCGCAGUUCCCGCCGCCCCACUUGUGGAGAAGGCGUCUUUGUCAUUGACGCCACUUGCGUGGUGAUUCGGUCCCAGUAUGUUCCGACUCCCCAAACCCAGCACAUGCGGCUUUUGCCCUCCGGGGUGCCGCGCGUGGGGGGAGAUGCCCCUAGUCGACUGCAGUGCGGCAAGGAGGAGGGCGAGGGUCCCGCGGCCUUUCCUUCCCCUUGCCAAAAGCUACUGUCGAGCAGCGGCCUUUCACACCAGCCCAGCGCGGGGCGCGGGAGCGAAGCUGAGGGCGGGGAGCCGGAGGAUUCCUCGCUACAGGAGCGGGCCUCCCGUAUCUUGGGGCUUCCUGUCAGCGAAGUGAACCUGCGGGACGUCCCCAGGCAGCCAGGUAGCCCAGAGCACCCGGCCUUAGGCCCAGCGGCUUCGGGAAGCGUGGGCAGCGCCGAGGGCUCGAAGGAAGUGACAGCUGUCCCGCGGCGCGUGGGUCGCAGUUGGGCGCGAACCCCGGGGCCCUACGCUGGGGCCCUGCGGGAAGCCGUGUCCCGCAUCCGCCGCCACACCGCCCCGGACUCGGACUCGGACGAAGCUGCGGAACUCAGCGUGCAUAGCGGCUCCUCUGACGGAAGCGACACAGAAGCCUCGGGCACCUUCUGGCGAAGUGAGCAGACCCAGCCCGGGGUUGGGGGCCCCACGGCGGAGCCCCGGGAGGGCGGGAAGAGAGUAGAGCUAAACGGCAGUAUCCGGGAGAUUCUGGGUGUCAUAAGCCGAACGGAGGAGGCCCUCUUCCGUGUGGGGGACAGUAAGAGGACCCCACAAGGAAAUAGGGAGCAACAAUGAGAAACCCCCAUCUUGGAGUUGUGCCCCUCAACCCAUCCUUGGGCCCCCCAUUCUUUUCUUUCCCACACUCUUGCUUCUUUUGUCCCUGUACCCCUACCCCUUCCCAUUCCCAUACCUGAAGCAGAAGCUGCCCAAAUGAAAAGAACAGGGGCCAUCUGCACAUUCAUUUAUUUAUUUUUCAGGAGUGGUGAGGAUGAGCGGUAGGCUUUAAUCUUGCCACAUCUAGGGCACAUGAGUGAGAAGGUCAUGGAUCUUCAGCAAGGGCUGAUCCACUGUUGUGGAGCUGAGCAGAGAAGCCUAGCCAGGAUCAGUUAUGAGAGUAGGGAUGGUGGCAGUCACAGGAAGGCAGGGCCCUGGACAGGAGGGAGAAAGUGAUGGGAAGACCUGAGAGCACUGGGUGACCCUGUGACAGAGGGGCUGUUGGUAGAAGAGGAAAGGCUCUAGAAGCAGCCAGCAAAGCAGAAAGAGUGCUCACUUUGUGUCCCGUGCCUUUGGUUUCAAUCCCAACUCUGCCACUGACUUGCUAGGUGACCUUAGGCCAGUCACUCUCCCUCUCCAGGCCUCCAGACCACCUGGUAUGUAAAAUGAGGGAGUUUUAAGGAUCAUGGUUUUACCUCUGACAUUUUGGGAUCUUUGGGGAGGCUUCUAUCUCAUAUUCCCCUCCACAAACCAAGGGAGAGAGUUGAGAAGAGUCUAAGUAUCCCUUGGUGGCCUCCAUUUCACCUGAUAUCACCCUCCGUUGAGGAGACUGUCCAGUGUUUGUAAGAGAGCUGAGGAGUAGGCAAAGGGCUCCUAUCCUAGUCUUCCGGCAUUAGGUGAGGGCUUCCCACUCAGUUCUGUGACUGUCCCUGGCCUGUGGUGGUCUGAACUGGGGAAGGAAGGCAGCCAGUGAUAAAGCUUGGAACCUCUACUAGGCCUUCUCCUUUUCCUCCUCCCCAACGUUCCUUAUUUCUGCUGUGGAACGUUGCCACGACUUCCCAGGUGGUAUCGCCCACCUGAAAGAACCCUGAGAAUUUCCCUAAUUUCUGCCUCUGACAGAAAUCCUCGAGGCAAGGAAGAGGGAGGUUGGUCCCAAGGAGCCUGUAGGUGUGGGGUGUGAUACUCGCCAUAGCCACUGCGGGGCGCGCGCAGGUCGCGGAUUUCCCCGGUUGCUAGUUUCCGAGUCCCCCACUACCCGGCACUGCCAGUUAAUCCAUUGAUAGCUACCUAGUUACCGCGCGCCUGUCCCGCGCCUUGCAGCCUGCAGCCGUGCGGGGCCAGGAGCAGGCCUCUGAGAGCGCGCCGAGCCCCUCCUGUUCUCAUCCACGCCAAGCGGCUUGGGACCCAGACACUGAAAUCCCUUUUCUCGCCGAUCCUGGACGCCUCCUCCGUCUCAGCCAUUUACUAGCCAUGUGAACUUGGCCAAAUCACUUCACCUCCUUGAGCCUCAGUUUCCUCAUCUGUCAAAUGAGGAUUUAUAAACACCUACCUCGCAGGGUUGUUGUGAGGAUUUAAUGAGAUAAUGUAUGUAAAGCGCCUAGCACAGUGCCUGGCACACAGUAGGCGCUCAAUAAAUCUAAGCUUCCCUUUGCUCCAGACUUGACACCUUCUUCCUUACACCGACCCUUUCCCUGUAGCGCCCCACCCCCAGUGCUCCUCGCUCCUUCCUGCGCCGUGGGGGAGGAAGACUCCUU